CGCGAUUAAACAUUAAUCUCCACAUUUAUACACACAUAUGUAUAUGUGUGCGUGUCUCUGUCUGUUUUUUCACGAAAUGCACAUAAAUACAUAUGUGUCUAUGAAAAUCGAAGAAAAAGAUAAAAGAACAACAACCAAUACGAUAGAACUAUUACAAAAACUAUAACUACUAUUAACCUGCUGCUACUUUUACCCGCGCCCGCGUUUAAAUAAAUACAAAUCUCUCUUGACUGUUUUUCUCAUGCGUAGUCUGCUGCUUGCUGUCGUUAGUUAUUUGUCCGCUAAUUUGGCUUACCAUUUAUCACUGAAACAACAAAAAAUUUCUAUGAAUCACUGACAUUCUCAUUUCUGCUUUGAUUUACCGAUAACACAACGCAUCGAAGAAAACGAGAGCACACGAAACUCAGGGUCGAUGGAGAGGUUCGGAGAGGACAAACUCAAAAAAUUUUCGGCCGUCGAACCACGCCCCCGGCCACUACCACGUCGGAGGACUAAUCAGGAGCUCAAAGCAACGAACGAGACCUUGAAGAGCCUGCAGACGCAGUUGGAGCUAGCAUACGCCUCGACAGCGUCAUCGGGUGCUCCGGUAGCCGGUGGUGGUGGCGGAAUUUCGAGCGGUCUGAUGAUGGGUUUGAGCGGGUCAUGCGGCGCAAUGCUUGGCUCAUCGGGGCUAGGAUCCUCGUCGUGCAACACGGCUACUCAUCUCGGUGGUAGCGUUGCAGUACCUGGUGGCGUACCCGGGAGUACGACACUAACCGCGAUACUCGAGACGAAAGACGCGAGGAUACAGACCCUAGAGAAGGAGGUUGGUUUGCUCGAGGCCGAGUUGCAGCGCAUCAGAGAAUGCGGUGGCCGUUUGCGCGAGCAGCUUCUAAAGGCAACUGCUGUACCGAGCGGGACAACGAGCUUCGGCAAUCAUCAACAGCAGCAACAACAACAACAACAACAACAGCAACAGCAGCACAUCGGCGGUGGCUUGCACGGCGGUAUCGGCGGCCUCGCAACCACCCCAGGAACAGCAACAGCAGCAACAGCAACAGGUAUCGAAAGCAAUUACGCGAUGCAAGCGACGAGACCGUCUGUCACGUUAUCGUCAAUCGGCAGCCUACAAUCUUCAGUUCUCACUCGAGGACCAACUGCGUAUACUCCUACUACUCCUACCACUUCUACUACUACUACUACUCCUACUACUACGGCUCUCGUGCCUUAUGGCCAAAUGGUGAAACUAACGAAUCCGUUGCUUGCCGUUGCUUCGACAGGUGCAACCGCGAUCCAGCCGGCCGGGGCCUCUUGCUUGUCCGGCAUAUCAUCUGGCCUUACGACCGGCGUCGUUAAUCCUUACACCGAUCAACAUCACCACCAGCAACAAACCUCCCAUCCCCAGCACCAUCAGCAACAGCAGCAUCACCAUCAUCACCAUCAUCACCAUCAGCAUCAAUAUCAGCAGCAGCAGCAGCUUCAGCAUCACCAACAACAACAGCAACACCAGCAAGCGAUGCAACAGCAUCUCAAACAAAUUGAGCCUGCUGCCGCCGGUGCUCUUGCCCUGCACGCUCAUACGUUCAACAAGCACGAUCUCAACUUCAAACGUCAAGUAAGUUUCUUCAUCAACAACGUCCGCAUCGAAAAGAACGACGUCAUCUAAGACCCCGAGGAUUAACCACCCGAGCGAGAGACUGAAAGUUAAACAAUUGAUACAACAGCACACUUUAUUCGUAACAGCUUAAUCGAGUAUGAGGCUUUCACUACAAAUCGAGCAAUUAUAGAUUCUCAGAGCAGCCACAUUCCGAGGAGUCCUCCUUAAUGCGUAGGUGAGGCGAUCGACGCGAGAGACGAUUCCAUUCUUCACCGAGACCUUGGGGCCGAGGCGGGGUGGGGGGCAGUUACGUUUUCCUAAAAAGGGCUAAAUCACUGUAAGCAGGCAGGUUUCUCCGGGCAAGAAAAGCAGAAACACUUAUCCCGAGUGACGUUUUUGAGGAAAUGCCAUGAAGAGUUUUCGAGCGAAGAUAACUGCCCACGUUUACGAGAGAGAGCGAGAGAGAGAGAGAGAGAGAGAGAGAGAGAGAGAGAGAGAGAGAGAGAGAGAAAACUCUUUUCGAGUCUAUUUACAAUACAGUAUUAAAGAGGCUAAGAGAAAACUAGAAGAAGCAAACCGAGCAAACAAUCGGCUAAGAUGAUGCGAAGAAAAAAGGGAUUCGUGAAAGGAAAACGGCUCAGUCAUGAUUCUCCUCCUCCUCCUCCUCCUCGAAUCCGCGACGAUUUUAUUUCUUCCCGAACCGCACGUCUCAUUGUCUUCACCCCCGUGUAUUAUCUCGAUAUUUAUAAUUUACGUUAUUUCUGGCGAAAUGAGAGAGAGAGAGGGAGAGAGAAAAAAAAUACGCACCUCCCAUAACUGUCAAUCAGCUCGUUACCCGAUGUCUAAUCUGUCGUAAAUAUUCGUAUAUAGCAAAGAGCCUAAAAGCCUGUAUAGAUAUCUCGCAAGAGCGAACGAAUGAAUUUACAAAAAAGCGAUUGACGAAUGAAAAACAAAAAAAAAAUAACAAAGUAAAACAAACAAAACAAAAUACUGAAUGUUAACUAAUCGUAAAAAUUCAUUUACGAAAAGGUCAUUGCGACGGCUGAGCACCAGUCUUCCUGAAACGCGCAAUCUUUAAACUUUCGUGGUACUAUCAAAUAUACCAACGGAUUAUUCUUAAUAUUAAAGAAAAAAAAAAAAAAAAAAAACAGAAAGAAAGCGAAAUAAAAA